AUGACUCCAUGCCAUCUCAUCCCCAUGAUAGACAUAGCCAAGCUUUUGGCUCAACGUAACGUUUUAGUCUCCAUAGUUCUCACACCUCUCAAUGUCACUCGAUUCAGUAACGUGAUCGAUCGUUCCAUUCAAGCCGGGCUACCCAUUCGUGUCUUAGAAAUUAAGUUUCCAUCCAUUAAGGUUGGGUUGCCUGAAGGGUGUGAAUCUGUAGACACACUCCCAUCACGAGACUUGAUAAAACAUUUCUUUAGAGCGACUGAUAUGUUGCAGGAACAAGUAGAAAAGAUGUUUCACCAGCUAAAACCAAGUCCCAGUUGUAUCGUUACUGACAAAAAUUUCCCCUGGACGGUUGAUAUUGCGACCAAGUUUCAGGUUCCAUUUCGGAUAUUAUUUGAUGGGAUGAGUAGCUUUUCUCUGUAGUGCUUCCACAAUUUACAGAAGUCUAAGGUCCAUGAGAAAGUGUCCGAGUCUGAGCCCUUUGUGGUUCCAGGAUUGCCUGAUAAAAUUGAACUCACAACCAACAAGUUACCUGGUGAUUUCAAUCCGGGCUUAAGCGAAGACUUCAAGACUCUGGGACGAAAGAUGAGAGAAGGUGAUGUAGGUGCAUACGGUGUGAUUGUUAAUAGUUUUGAAGAGCUAGGACAAGACAAUGUUGAAGGAUAUCGAAGAGCCACAGGAAAGAAAUUAUGGUGCGUUGGUCCGGUUUCUUUGUGUAACAAUGAGAACUUAGAUAAGGCUGAGAGAGGUGAAAAGGCUUCAAAUGAUGUAAAUCAAUGCUUGAAGUGGCUUGAUUCAUGGCCGGAAAGUUCUAUAAUUUAUGUUUGUCUUGGAAGUCUCAAUGGUUUUAGACUUCCACAGUUAAUAGAACUUGGUUUAGGAUUAGAAGCUACAAACAGGCCAUUCAUUUGGGUUAUAAGAGGAGACAAGAAAAGCGAAAUCGAGAAAUGGCUAGAAGAAGACGGGUUCGAAAAGAGAGUAAACGAAAGAGGCCUAGUUAUUCGAGGCUGGGCGCCUCAGGUACUGAUUCUGUCACAUCCAGCAAUCGGAGCGUUCUUAACACAUUGCGGGUGGAACUCGACAUUGGAAGGUAUUUGUGCUGGCGUGCCAUUGAUUACAUGGCCUUUGUUUGGUGAACAGUUUAUAAAUGAGAAGUUAAUAACUCAAGUGAUGAAAAUUGGUGUGCCAUUGGAGAGUGAUGUUAUGGUGCCUUUUGGGGAGGAAGAGAAGUUUGGGGUGCUGGUGAAGAAGGAGAAGAUAAGGGAGGUUGUAGACAAGGUAAUGAAUGAAGAACAGGGAGAAGAGAUAAAGAAAGGUGCAAGAAGGCUCGCAGAAAAGGGGAAAAAGGCAGUUGAAGAGGGAGGAUCUUCUUUCAAUAACAUUACCUGGUUAAUUGAUGAUAUCAUUCAACAAACAAGAGACCAUUCAUAA